AUGUUAGGUACAUCUGAUUUUGUAGGCAUGCAACACAAUAUGUUUCGACGUGGUUUACAGAAUGGAGGCGGUAGUUUUGGAGGCUUUAAUGGCGAGUUUGAUGAUUUUGGUGGACCAGGUGGAUUCCGUGGUAGCCAUGGUAACUUUGGUAGACCGGGUAGAUUCCAUGGCGGGCCUGGUAGAUUCCGUGGUAGUCAAGGUAACUUUGGUGGCCCUGGAGGCUUUAAUGGUGGACCAGGUGGUUUCGUUGAACCUGGCAGAUAUCAUCGUAGACGAAAUGGACCUGGAGAUUUUAACGGUGAACCAGGGGAUUUUGAGGAACCUCGUAGAUUUCAUAAUGAACGAAAUAGGCAUGGAUAUUUUAGCGGUGAACCAAGGAGUUUUGAGGAACCUGGUAGAUUUCACAAUGGACGAAAUGGACAUGGGGGCUUUAAUGUUGGACCCGGUGGUUUCGAGGAACCUCGUAGAUUUCAUAAUGAACGAAAUAGGCAUGGAUAUUUUAACGGUGAACCAAGGAGUUUUGAGGAACCUGGUAGAUUUUAUAAUGGACAAAAUGGGGCUGCACCGUUUGGUGCCAGACAAGGUAGACAACAUAGAGCUGGUGGUAGACGAAAUCAACCUGGUUAUUUUGGUGAUUUUGUUGGUGGUCAAGAAGCACCUUUUCAAAGAUAUUAG